AUGAAAGAUUACGAGAUCCUAAAAAAGCAUUGUAAGAGAAUAUACCUUAUCGGCUCAGGUGACUUUUGGUACGAAGAUGGAACCAUAGGGGAUGACAAAAGCUGGUAUUAUAAGGUUUAUAGUUGGUCACUGUUAUCUGUUUACGGUUUCAUGACCAUUCUGGAGAUAAUGGCCGCGAUGAUUGGCGACUACCCUGAAGAUGAGAAGCGUGAUUCAGUGACGUUCGCGGUGAGCCACACGAUUGUCAUGCUGAAGAUAUUUUCGGUGCAUUUUAACAAACAAAUGAUAAAAGCUAUGAACAAAAAUAUGGUGUACAUUUGUGAAGCGCACGAAGAGCCGACGUUAAUGGCAGAAAAAUAUAAAAUUGUCAAGAUAAAUGUUUUGGCGUAUUUUAGUAUAGUGUACGGUUCUGGCUUGUUUUAUGUUUUCGAAGGAAUUCGAAAGAUAUUUGCCGGGUCCCACUUUGUGACUAUCGUUACCUACCCUCCGAGUUAUGAGGAUGACUCACUUUAUAGCGUGGCAUUUCGGGUCUCUACUACAGUCAUUUUAUUCAUGCUGUUACUGACGAUGAUAGUGUCUGUGGAUUCCUUAACCAUGACUUACUUGAUCAUGUUCAAGUACAAGUUCAUAACACUGAGAAAUUAUUUCGAGAGGUUAACUGAAGAUUUUUACAAGAUGAAUGAUGUUAAUCCAAGGGAAGCUGCUGAUAAAUUGACAAAUGGAUUAGUGGAAGGAAUAAUCAUGCACAAGGAAUUGCUAAGGAUGGCAAAAGAUAUCGACCAAGCCUUCGGGACAGUAAUAGCUCUACAACUGUGUCAGAGCUCGGGCUCGGCAGUGUCCCUGCUCCUCCAAAUUGCCCUCUCGGACCAGUUGACGUUCGUCGCGAGUAUGAAAAUAAUUUUCUUCGUAGCUGCACUCUUCUUUUUAUUGGGCUUAUUUUUAUGCAACGCCGGAGAAAUCACGUAUCAGGCGUCUCUACUACCCGACGCGGUGUUCUACUGCGGCUGGCACGCGUGCGCGCGGCAGCCCCCGCGGCGCAGUGCCCGGCGCAUCGUCUUGUUGGCGUGCGCGCAGGCGCAGCGCCCGAUUGUCAUGAAGGCGUUCAAAAUGAUUCAGCUCUCUUAUAGCACUUUUCUGCAGGUACUGAAAGGGACCUACUCUGUAUUCGCUUUAUUUUACGCACAGAAUAAGUAA